UUUUAAAAAUAAUAUUAACCAAGAAAAUCCAUUAUUAUUUCAUAGAGUUUGAAAUGUCGCACCGGCAAUCAACAAAACGAUGAUCAAUUUCGAAAAAUUAUACAAGCUUGCCAAAAACGCUCUCUCAACCUCGACAGUGAAAACAAUCAGGACUACAAUCGCCGUGAUACUGACUCCCAGGAAACAUCAGAUUCUAAUUCUGACGAAAAUUUAUUCGACGAUAGAUUUUUGAGUUCUGGCCGAGAUCGAUAUAAUAAAAACGAUAAAGUGGGUAGCGGUAACAGAUAUGAUUAUUUUGGUUCAUCCAAAAAUGUAACACCCCAAUCCGCAAAUCGUAAUAAAUCUUACUCGUCCAUUGAUAUGAACAAUAACAAGUCAUCAUACAAUUAUAAUAGCCGACUGUAUUUUAACAAGAGAAACAUAAGGAAUAGUCAAUUUUAUCCCCGAGACUUUGGUCAUAAUUAUUCGAAUAAAUAUAAUAAUAUCAACAAUAGUAAUAUGAAUCGCAAUAACAAUAAUAGUUACUAUACAAGAGAUAAUAAUCAUAGCAAUUAUAAAGAACAAGGCUGUAUUAUCCAAUGCUUUUUCAACGAACUGAAUAUAGUCGAUCAAAACGGUUUUCCAGAGAGAUCGGCCGUUAUUGGAGUAAUGACACAAAAUAUUCAUGAUCCUUAUUUACAAGAUUUCAUAGAGGAAUCCGUGGUUGAAUGUUAUCAUUAUUUGAGCAACUUUAAUCGUGAAGAAAAGUGUCAAUUUUCGCAAAAUUUGUUGUCAUGCUUAGCCGAAAAAGGUAGCGAGAAAUGCGAGGAUUGGGAUGACGAAUAUAUAUGAAAAUUAAUUU